AUGAACUCAAGUAUUCGGACAGGAUCCACAUCAGCAAACGCGCUUCAGCAUAACCUUGUCCUCGUCAACAUCUUCCUCGGCUUGCAGCUCUUCGGAUUGUUUGGGUCCAUCAUCGUCUUGAUCUGUGCUCUCAUUGCGUCCGUGAAGAGAUAUGGAUCGUGGUACAGCUUUAUGAUAUCUUGGAUCAUAUCCAGCGUUUCAUAUACGUUAUUAUUCUUCGGAGGGCAACAUGAUGACCCAACACCUACGAUAGGUCUGUGCAUGGCUCAAGCAUCAUUGAUAUAUGCCGCACCGCCUCAUACUGCUGCUUCCACCCUGGGCUUGGUCAUUCAAAUAUGGUUUAGUGUUCAUGAAGGAUUGGGAAAGAAGCCUUUCACGGGGCAGAGGAUAUGGGCGCACGUGUUCCUUCUCCUUCCUUACAUCCUCUGGUUAAUGAUAGUCAUCGAAUCUCUAGUGAUAGCCCUCAUGUACCCAGAUACAGUUAAAAGGAGCAGCAGUGGGAUGUACUGCAGCAGUAGGAUCAUAAUUCCUGGAAGAAUAUCCGCCGCCCUCGUGUCCAUCAUACUGCUUCUAGCUAUCAUCGUAGAAGCCUUGAUCAUUAUAUCGAUCCGAAAAAGAUGGAAGGCCUUACGGGAGCAAACAGUGGGAUCCCUAGUGGUUCGAGGGACGUUAUUCAUGAUUUUCGGCUUCAUUGCGGCCGUCCUCUCGUUGACUUUCACUUUUCUGGUAAACAAGGGACCGCACAUGAACAUCGUCGUGUCAACCAUACCGAUUGCGGCCAUAAUUAUGUUCGGGACACAAAGGGACCUGAUGGGCGUAUUGAUGUUCUGGAGAUGGAGAUCCGCGAAGAGAGACGUAGAGGGGAAUCCCGAGAGUUGA